GCCAACCGGUUGGAUCAGCCCUGGGCCCUAUCGCAUCCGCUGUCUGGAUGGACAGCCUGCGGGCAAGGCCACAGAGGCAGCGACAGGACCAUGCCGGGGAUGCAGCUGACCCUCUUGGCGCUGGUGCUGGCCACUUGCGGGGAGCUCGGGGCAGCCUUGAAAUGCUACACCUGCUCUGAACCCACGGACGUGUCCCACUGUGUCACCAUCAGCACCUGUCGUGGCAACGAGACUAUGUGUAAGACCACGCUGUACUCCCGGGAGAUCGUGUACCCCUUCCUGGGGGACUCCACGGUGACCAAGUCCUGCGCCAGCAAGUGUGAGCCCUCUGACGUGGAUGGCAUCGGCCAAACCCGCCCUGUGUCCUGCUGCAACGCGGAGCUGUGCAACGUGGACGCGGCGGUGGCCUUGGGAGGCCCCCACACCCUGGCUUGGGCCCUGGUGCUUGUCCCCCUCCCCCUCCUGGGCCCUCCCUAGAAGCCCUACUGACCCCGGUGCCACCCUGGCCUGGCCUCUGUGCAGUCCAACAUCAUGGGCUUCAAAGAAGUGUGCCUACCUGCCUGCAGCUGGCAUCCUGUGCUCCUUCCUCUGCGGUCUUGGCCUGCCUGCCCAAGAGGGAUGGGCCCCCAGCUGGCUGUCUCCUGUUCCUGGGUUGUCCACUAAGCUCCCUUGGGACUGGGCAGGGACUUCCACACCCACCCUGGUGAGGCCAGGGGGCUCCUAGGAGGAGGAGGAGGAGGGGGGGCCCUUGGGUUGCUCUUUAGUUGCCAUGCUGACCCAGGUUCUGAGAUGGCUCAAUGGAGCUUCCCACUGGUCCCAGAUCUGUGGGGAGCAGGGCUG